AUGUGGAAGUUGCAGCCGGCAGUGGUACCGUUCGACCUUACAAACGAAGAGGAAAACCGAUACGAGAGGCGAGACAAGUUUGGCAAUGUGUGGCACGGAAGGAAAGAAGACUUGGGUGGGCGCAAGGUGUCGGACGCCAUUGACGCAGAGUGGGGGUCCAGAAAGCGUUGCCAGGUAAAGCGGCCGGGCCGCACAUAUGUCUAUUGCCGAUGCAGCGACGGGUGCCCAAUGGUGGUGCAAUAUGGCUCGGAGAAUGGGAAGCUGGUGCGGGAGGCGAAAAAUGAACACCAGCAUGCGGCGGAUGUGCGUGCAGACAUCCGAAACAUUGCUUCCCAACCGGAGCGGGCAGGCGCUGCGUUGGUCGAGUGGUCCAUCGCGCCUGCGCGGGUGGAGGAUAAGAUCCCCGAAGUUCUUGCCUACGUGCAAUCGAUCAAGGACAGGCAAGCCACGGAACCCUGGCAUUGUCGGGUGCUCGAGGUGGACGACAGUGCCGGUAUUUUUUGCUUUACCACGGACUUUUAUGUAAGCCUCCUGAUGGAGCAUUGGGAGACAUUGAUGGAGCAUGGGUUACGGGUGGCAUGCGAUGGUACGCACGCCAUCUCCAACAGUGGCAUCAAACUGAUUGCUGUUGGUUGGUUGGCGCAGCAUGUGCCCCGUGACACCGUCGAAACUACAUUUGUAUUGCUUGCUUUCGCUUUAUCGCCGAGCGAAAAUCACGUGGCGGUUCGCAUGCUUCUUGAGAGCGUAGAUGCACACGUGCGGGAGCAUGGCGUGAAAAAGCUGACACAAAGCUCUUGGUGGGCCUCUACGAAAAGGUGGGUGUCGAAAAGCGCUUUCAUGCGCAACGAUCACGUGUUCGAUCGAUACUGGGACCACUGCUUCCAACUCCUGGAAGAUGCCGGCGAGUCGGACUUCGUGGCAUACCUGCAGACGGAGCAUUUCCAGAAGGAUGCAGGUGUAUGGACGGCCGCCUGGCGUGCGGCAGUCCUCGACCCCGGCUAUGGUUCCUAUUCGUUGAAUGCGGUGGACUCCUUUUGGAAGUUGCUGGAUCACUAUGUCCCGGAGGAGAAGACUUUGCCGCUGAGGCAGGUUAUGGAGCGUUAUGAACACACGGGCCGAGUUUUCCAGAAUGAUGGGAAGUGGAGUGCCUUGUGUGUUGCACCAUCGACGUUGGUAACCCCCUCGUUGGUCGGGGAAGCAUCCACGAAGUUGAGCCCCCGCCUGAAUUGGAAGGAGGACAAGCAAGUGGGGCGUAUGAGCUGCAGGACGUUGGAGCGACUGCUUGCGCAGGAAGCACCCUUGAUGCUGCAGUUCAACACCGGGCAAGAAAAUGCCACCCAGGUGUUCUGCAAAUAUGGUCCCUCGGACUUCAACGCCGUGGAAAUGGAAGCCUUGUCCGAUCUGGUGCGGUCGACAUGUUCGGCACAAGUGGACGCAGCAUUCCAGAGAAUUGGGGCCUUGGAUGAAAAUGGCUUCCACCCACGGCGGGUCAGUGCCACCUAUGAGAAAUUCACGGCACUGUAUGAAGAGGAGGGGGCCGUGGAUCCAGAAAAAGGGCCGCGGCAGAUGGGACUGCAGCAGGUGGCCGCUCAAGGGGGUUUUUCAGGCGACACCACCCCGCCAGCAACUCCACCGGAGGUCACCGCGCCAGCUACUCCACCUCAGGUCGCGGCAAGGUUGGCAAUCAUGAUUGCAGAGGGUCGGCUGCCAAGGACGACCGCCGAGCAACGUCGUCGCAACCACCGGACAUCCGGCAACACCUACGGAGUCCCCGAAGGCUUGACAGAAGCCUUAGAGGCUGGUUACAUCCAUCCCAACUUGCCUCCUCCACAGGGCAUGGUUUGGAACUUAAUCGCGCACAAGACCUUUGCGCUGCAAGCGCCUUCAGAAUGCGAGACAAGCUUGAAUGUCUUUUCCGAAUUGCCUUGCUGCGCAAAGAAGAACCAGGAGUGUGACCUCAUACGAUCCCCUUCUGGGGAUAGUGGUGGCAUCGUCUAUUUCGGCUCUGCCUACUUUGCCCAGUGUUCCAGUUUCCUGACAGUGGCGCGAUUUGCCAACGACAAGUACAAAGGCGUCAAGGACCCGGCUGGUUGGUUUCAGAAAGAGGAUACGGCCGAUGCGAGGCUCAAGCCAUCCACCUUCUUCAUCACUGGCGGAUCUUACGAUGUUUACAGGCGGAGCUUGUAG